AUGGCGGAUGCAGCGAAGGAAAAAGUGAUCUCAAAGCCCCCGGUGUCACUGGGCAUGUACAGGAGCUCGCACAAGAGGGACUACCAGUGGUGCGAGCAGUACAAGGCACCCAGCGAGGAGGACAUACAGAAGCUGCAGGUUGCAGACUCCCAGCUGAAAGCCAAGGAGUUUGCUGUGCCCCGGGAACAGCAGGUGGUGACCUCCAGCGACGGCCUUGUUGGGGAGGGGAGAGAAGUCAUCCCAGCACCAAGCAUCCCAGCCAGCAGUCGUGCUGACAAUGCAGGAGAAAGCUACCUGCCAAAGUACCACCCUGCCACCGAGCUGGCAGCAGCCCGGGCAGAGGAACUGGAGAGGCUGCAGGGCUUUGCUAUGCCAGAGAAACUGAUGUCUUAUUGCCAACAUCUUCCAGCUGCUGCUCAGACUCCUGAAACAGCAGAGGUGCACCCACAGAAGCUGGUCCCAGCUUGGGCCACCUACCAGCAUUUCACCAUGGAGAUGUUCCGGGCGAUGCAACACGAUGCUCAGCAAAACAAGAGCACCAACAUGGGCACGUCUCUUUCCAUGCCAGAUUUUAACCGUGUGAAGAUGCUGAUGGACAAAAAUGAAUCCUGGUUCUCCAACUUCUCCUCUGCUGCCUCCUCCUUUGUGAAAGGAGGUGGCAGCUGGGCAGGGGUCGGCCUGCAGGAGGUGGUCAUUGGGCUGAUCCUUACCCUCAUUGACUUGAUCACACUCCUGGGAAAUACAAUUGUCUUCAUCUGCCCGGUGGUGGAGAAGAGGCUGCGCACGGUCACCUAUAUGUUCAUCAUGUCCUUGGCCAUGGCAGAUUUCCUUGUGGCUUGCCUGGUCAUGCCCUUCAGCAUCAUUUACGAGGUGACGGGGAUGUGGUUGUUUGGGAAGCUCUUCUGCAAAGUCUGGAUCUCCUUUGAUGUCAUGUUCUGCACUGCAUCCAUUGUCACCUUGUGCUUCAUUAGCCUGGACAGAUACUGCUCCGUGGUGACUCCAUAUCACUAUUCAAGAAGGAUGUCCCGUGGCAGAUGCAUCCUGAUGACCUGCACGGUCUGGGUAUACUCCUCCCUCAUUUCCUUCCUGCCCGUCAUGCAAGGCUGGAACGAGAUCCCUGGGGUGGACUUUGAUGCGGGCAGAGAAUGCAUCUUUGUCACCAACUGGAUUUUUGCCAUUGUGGCUUCUGCUCUGGCAUUUUUUGUCCCCUUCAUGGUCAUGUGCAGCAUGUAUUUCUUCAUCUACCGAGCUUCACGGCUCAAGGCCACUCGUAUCAUGUCUCAGACCCUGGAGAUUCACUACCACCCCAACAGCAAGAGGCAGAACCACCUGCAGCUGGAGAACAAGGCCACACGGACCAUCAGCAUCAUCAUUUCAGCCUUUGUGCUGUGCUGGCUGCCUUACUUUGUGCUGAACGUUUGGCUCGCUGCCAGAGGCACCGACUCCACCAGCACAGUCUUGGUUGACACCUUCAAGAUCAUCACUUGGUUAGGGUAUUGCAACUCCACCAUCAACCCAAUGCUCUACGCUUUCCUGAACCGGGACUUCCAACGGGCCCUGAAGAAGCUGCUGGUUUGCAGGCACAGGUCUCAGGUGGACAUUGGAGAAGACAUGGUUUCCAUAGCCACGUUUUCCAAGACUGCCCCAGAGCUAGAAUAUAGCAUUAUGGUGCCAGUGCCCAACGGUGCCCUGAAGGGCAAGCCCAAGCAGUAG